AUGCCGAACCCGAUCGCGCGCUUCGAGACGUCCGCGGGGACGUUCGCGUGCGAAUUAUUCCUCGAUCGAACCCCGAUCACGGCGUCGAACGUCGUGGAUUUGAUCGAGCGUGGAUUCUAUGAUGGAGUACACUUUCACCGCGUCAUUCCAGACUUCAUGUUACAGUUUGGAUGCCCGCACGCGAAGGACGCGAAGAGCUCGCGCGCGGGCACGGGUGGACCCGAACCCGCGAGCACGUUCACGAAUCUCGCGACGGGGGCGACGAUGACGCGAGACGCGCGCGAGGGGAACAUUCCGGAUGAAUUCGCGGAUGAGACGAGCAACGACGUCGGCGCGCUGUCGAUGGCGAACACGGGCGCGCCCAACAGCGGGGGGUCGCAAUUUUUCAUCAACACCGCGCAUAAUGAUUUCUUGGAUCACUGGAGAGAUGAUCUGAGCGAUUCGAGGCAUCCGGUGUUCGGUAAGGUGAUCGAGGGCAUGGAUGUGGUGCGAAAAAUUGAGGCGACGAAGACGGAUCGAAACGACGCGCCGGUGACGCCGGUGAAGAUGAUCAGGGCCACGGUUCAGCGGUAG